AUGUCGUCUUUUGACCAAAAUCAUAUCGAGGAGUCCUCCUCACAUGAGGUCACUUUGGAUCAUCAACUGUGCCAACGCUUUGAAACCAGCAAGUUUGAUGAGCGAGAUCCAACAUUUUUGCCUGAGGGCAGUAUCGAAAUUCUCGUUACUGAGCGAACUAUCUCUAGCGAGCUCUUUGACGACGAGGUGCCACGGACUCCAGAAAAAGCAGUCAUACGUUUCGUGCAAGAGAAGGCAAAGAAAGUCUUUGCAAUUGCAGUCUGCUGUGGAGUGAGUGGAGAAGACCUAGUGACGACUAUCAAGUUCUUCAGAGACGUUGUCUUCUUUAAUGACAGCAAUCUUCCUAUCGAAAAGCCUGAGACGCCAAAGAGAGACUCCCCAACUUGGGCGCUUCCUUUCCCAUUCGACCGCUUGCAUGGAAAACGCCUCCCAAAGAUUUGGUCAGGAACCAGAGUUAAGACAUUCUAUAGUCAACAAUGGGGGUUCCUGGCCCCUGUCUUCUCAAAGACCAAAUUUCAGCACAAUUUAUCUCCUGAUUGUAUCUUUCCGUUCACCUGGGUUAACAAUAUCGUCAAAGGAGGCAUGUUCAGCCGGGUGUACGAAGUAGAGAUCCAUCCUAAUCACCAAGAAACCCCAGAAUUGACAGUAGAUGGGCAUUUGGCUCACGUCGCCAUCAAAGAAAUCGUCGUUUACAACGACAUGCGUCAAGAGAUCGAGAAAAAUUACGAGGACGAGCGGACGGCACUCUCUGAAAUUACAGACCUCCGACACCCCCACAUCAUUCAACGCAUUGCGGCUAUCUCACGUGGAGAAAAGCGUUACUUCAUGUUUCAAUGGGCUGAUGGCGGCAAUCUGAGGGAGUUCUGGCAGGAGCAAAAUCGGCCAUCACUCACGCCAAAUCUAGUGAGGCAGACAAUCGCACAGCUUUGUGGACUGGCUGAUGCUUUGCAUGACUUACACAAUUACAAAGGACAAGGCAACUACCGACACGGCGACUUGAAGCCAGAAAACAUCCUCCGAUUCAAAGACAAAACCUACGUGGGGAUCCUCAAAAUUGCAGACAUGGGCCUUGCGAAACACCACAACGACGUCACAGCAGUGAGAAAGAAGCCAACCAGUGCCAAGUAUGGUACGGUUCGAUACGAACCGCCCGAAGUUGUGACCAACCGCCUUGAUAAGGCGAGAUCUAGGCUCUACGAUAUCUGGUCUAUGGGCUGCAUCAUGCUCGAAUGCGUCAUCUGGCUCCUGUACGGUUACGAAGCGUUGGAGAGGUUUGAUGAUAGUCUCAGUGCCGAUGGCUAUGAUUGCAGUUUCUUCAAGACCAAGGAGACCGAUGGAGGACGGGUGGCUGAAAUUCAUCCUGUUGUGGUACGAUGGAUGGACUACAUCGCUACUGAUGGACAGUGCGGCAGAGAUUCUGCUAUCGGCGAUCUGCUCAAUCUCGUUAGGAACCGACUACUUGUCGUUCCGUUACUGAUGCAAGCAGCGACAAUGAAAGGAUCUCAGACAACAACAUUCAUUGAGGACAAUCAGGAUAGACGUAUAUCCGUGACCAGUGCCGGCCAAAGCACACCUGAAAGUGGCCCCUAUCGAGCUGACGCCAAAGCUAUGUGGUCUGGACUGAAGAACAUCCUACGAAAAGCGGAUGGCAACGACUCUUAUCUCUCCACAGCCCAGGACCGUCGAAAUAUCAAUGGUCCCUCAUUGAUCGUACCAAGAUCACAAUCCACCAACUUAUUAUCGCCUGGAGCGGCCGAAAAGCCUAGGGGAAAUACCCCUUUCCCUUUCCAUGGCGCAUUACAGGCACAACAUGUAAUUGUGAAUAACCUGAAGGAGGUAAGACUCAAGGCGCUCAGCGACCACUGGCGUUUUAGUAGAGACAAUAGCUUCGCCAAAUUGUAUAUCACGAAAGUCAACAAGAUUACAAAUAACCUCUCGCUUGCCCGUACCAAAAAGCUCUGUCAACGUUGUGAGAAACUAGACAUUCUGGCCACCGGGUUUUAUCUAUCCGAUACAGUCUCGGAUCUACAAAACAGAGCAGGCGCAUGUGGUUUCUGCAAGUUGCUCUUACAAGCCUGCACAGUGUUCCAAAAGGCAGGACCUUUCCAAUUGAAUAGAGAAGGGUCUGGUCUAAGAAUCUCUGGGAUAAACAAUCCCAUCUUGAGUAUCGUUCAUGAUCCAGAUUCUAAAUCGACCCAAUACGAUAGCAUCGGACUUCAAAUUGGGUUCCCGAGACUUGCACCAGGCGGUCAUCAGUUGCACUUCGAAGUAAUACGACAGUGGCUCCAGAGCUGCGAUCAGGGCUCGGGGCAUGGAAAUUGUCUGCAAGCCACUGAAGUCAAUCUUCCCACAAGGCUUCUUGACGUCUCCAGCUCGCAGAUUCGUCUAUGGGAAACGGACGGUGCUCGUGGAAAGUACCUAGCCUUGUCUCAUCCCUGGGGAGAUCCCGCGGAACAUCGGCAUUUCUGCACCUACACCGACAACAUCGAGAAGCACAAAUUGGGAAUCGACUUUGAAGACUUGCCUGCUACUUUCAAAGACGCCGUCACAACAACGAGAGAGCUUGGCUUCCAGCAUCUAUGGAUAGACUCCAUUUGCAUUGUACAGGGACCCGACGGAGACUUCAAAGAAGAGUCCAAACACAUGGAAGACGUUUUCAGCUUUGCGCACUGCGUCAUUGCGGCAAGUCGCGCUACUGGGCAAGAUGAUGGCUUUCUUGGACCACGACCCGAUAGGAACUACGUCACUUUCAAUCGAAACAACAGUGGUAAUUAUCAUGUGUGCCAGCAGAUUGAUGACUUCGAAGGCGAUGUAAUAGAAGGAAGGCUCUGCAAACGGGGAUGGGUCCUGCAGGAGCGAGCACUGGCGCACAGGACGAUUUACUUCACCGAAAGACAAACGUACUGGGAGUGUGGCCAAGGGGUGCGCUGCGAGACGAUGACAAAGUUGGAUAACAAUGUUGCCGCGUUCCUCGGUGAUCCACGAUUUCCCACAAUCGCCAUGAACUCGCCAAGGGGCGCCAAAAUCCAUCUUUACCAAGACUUGUACAAGCAAUACUCCCGUCUGCAGUUCUCUAGAAAUGAAGACAGACCAUUCGGUAUAGCUGGUCUUGAAAAGAGACUCAUCCAAAGCUUCAAGACUCACGGCGGCUACGGUGUCAUUGACGAUGGCGGUGGAUUACUACGACGCAGCCUUCUUUGGCAGAGAGGAUCCGAUUCAACCCUCGAUAGAAUCAUCUUCCCUGCCGAAAGAGACCUCGAAGUUCCUACAUGGUCAUGGAUGGCCUACAAAGGAGGAAUCGACUAUCUGGAGCCUCCGUUUGAUGGCGUGGACUGGGAGAAGAGUGAGAUCCAGUCGCCAUGGGCUAACAAGUCGCCGGAUGGGUUUUAUCACACCUCGGACAAAAGCCUGGGAAUCAGCCUCAGCGCUGUUGCUCGUGAGUUCUCUCAGCUUGACGGCCAUCACUCGGCGAGCAAGCUCAUCUUUGACAACCCGGCGAAAAGUGAUGGCCAACUACCAAAUGUGAGAGUGAUUGUAGUGGGAAGGUCUAGAGAUAGAAUGCAAGAUGAGCGGAGGUGUUUUGUUUUGCUAGUCACCCCCAAGGCAUCAAAGAGUGCUGGUGGAUUGAUGGUGUAUGAACGAACUGGGGUGGGUUACAUGCCUGACAGUUGCAUCUCGCAGAACGGAAUUCCGGUCAAGAUACAGUAA